CAGAUAGUUAAUUAUCGAUAAGUCAAGUAUUAAUCAUAUUUAUUUAUUAUAUUAAAUAUCUGCUGUGGUAAAAAAUGUGUUUAGUAAAGAUUUUACUGGUAUUCACCUUUUGCUUUGCAGUUGCAUGGUUUAAAAAUAUUGAUGAACAUGAAAAAGAAUCAAUUGACACAGUGGUUCUAUAUAAGGAGGUUGUUCCAGGUGAGUGGGCACCCGAAUUUGUAACAACACGUUUGACAGGCUACAAUGUUAGUGAGACAGAUGUUAAAAUAUAUUUCAAAACUGCAAGUUAUCUUUUCCCAGUAAAUCUUAAUAACCCAGAAGAAGUAAAAAGUGAUGGGUUUUCAAAUAAAAAGGAUACCGUCUUUAUUAUCCAUGGAUUGAAUAACGCAUACGACUCCCCGGUUUCCGUAGAAAUAUCUGAUGCCAUUCUAAAAAUCAAAGAUGCCAACGUUUUCAUUGUCGAUUGGAGCAAUAUCGCUAAACAGCUAUACCCAUUCGCAAAACGUGCAGUGCCCGGUAUUGCAAAAAUUGUCAGUCAAUUUAUUGACAGUUUGGAGUAUAAAAAUGGACUAGAUUUGGAUAAGACGUUCAUUGUUGGACACUCUCUUGGUGCCCAUGUUGCUGGACUAUGUGGAGCUUAUCUUGGAGGGAGACUUAGCCAUAUAGUAGGUUUGGAUCCCGCCCGUCCUCUUUUUAGCUUUGAAGACGUGGAAAAUCGUCUAGAUUACUCUGACGCAAAAUUUGUUGAAGUUAUCCACACAUGCUCAGGACGAUUAGGCUUUGACAAAGCAAUAGGACAUGUGGAUUAUUGGCCCAAUGGUGGCAGUAAACAACCGGGGUGUAUGAUGGGAUUCACCGAUUUUGGGGGUAAAAAUAAUUAUUCGGUUUUUAAUAAGAUAAAAUAA